UGAGAAUCCACGUAGGCGAAAGUUAACAAGUGAGCAAAUCGAAGCAAAGCGUGUGAGAGAGAGGGCGCGACAUGCGAGUAUGACACCCGAGCAGAGGCAGGAGAGACGUGAUCAUCAAAAUGUGCAAUACGCAUUGCGACGUAACUCCCUAAGUGAGGAGGAAAUUAAAGAAAGGCGCGCACGUCAGAGGGUGCGUUGUGCAAAUAUGACACCUGAGCAGAAGCAGGCAAAGUAUGAUCGAGGAAACACUCUCCGUCAGUUGCGACGUAACACUCCAAGUCAAGAUUCCAUCGCAAUGGAGAACCCUACGUAUAUCCCGUCGGUUGGAUCUGUAAUCACUGGUGAUCGGACCAUUCCUUUAGUCAAAGGCUCCCCUGUGUACAUCCAGUCUGGUUCGGAGCAGAUGCCAGAUGUGGAGAUCCGGGAGAUGAAUGCCAGUCAAAUAUCACGUAGACAACGUGUAACACCCGGAGAAAGGCAAGCAUUGCUAGCCUGUCGUAAUGAAAGCUUUACAAUUAGACGGGACAAGAAAGCUUCUGCCUCGGAGGAAGAAAAUCCAACCUUAAUUUCACAAUCCACCAAUGGUAUAGAGCCAACAACACAAUCAAUCGUCAUUAACAACGAAAAUACCUCUCCAACCCCUCAAACUGCCAACGCCGCAGCGUCUCCAACACAGACACCAAUUAUCGAUAACGGUAAUUUUCUUGAUAUUUCGAUAGGUGAUGAUGACGACAUCGUAUUCGAAGAGGACUCCGAAGAGGAUAAGGGCUACAUGUUCGCUGGUCAAGGUACUUUCGCCAUUGUUUCCUCUCCUAUCAAUAUAUUGUGGAGCCUUAUCUAACUCCACAUGCAUGCUAAAAAUCACUUCAGACGGGGACACCGACGAGGAUGUCGAAUUCGAUGAAGCUGACGAUGCCUCUGCCACUAUCUCCAGCGUACCCGAUCCGUAUGACCAUGUGUAUAGCAACAUACCCUCAACCACUCACAUGCUGAAGCCUGUUGAAAACUGCAAAUAUUGCGGUGCGAAUAAGUUUGAGCAUGAGACGAAUGGGUUCUGCUGCAGGAAUGGAAAGAUUGGAUUGUCCACUCCAGAUACGCCACCCGAGCUCAUGAGGCUCUGGUC